UCUCAAUAGCUCUCAAAGAACAAGAGUUUAGGGCUAUUUCUCCGGUACAGAAAGCCCUCCAUGGAUCUCUGGUUUACGAACCAAAGAGAAUUUAAUCUGAAACGAUGAAUCAAUCACUAGGGCUUUUUCUUUGAGAUGGAGAUGGAUUAUUUGGCCGAAUUCCCUCUCGUUCACAUGGAUCGGCGUCCAAGAAAAAGGCCCAGGUUAGCUUGGGACGUCCCUCAACCCCACACAAAGGCUCUAUCAGAAUUGUGUUGUGGGCAAGAUAUUGGAAAUGGGACAAGCUUUGCACCUUCAAGGGUACUCCCAGAACAUCCUAGUCUUUUUGUAAAGGGAUUGACUCAAAAGGGCUCUCCCCCUUGGCGAGACGAUGACAAAGAUGGGCAUUACAUGUUUGCGCUCGAAGAUAAUUUAACUUCUCGCUAUAAAAUCCACAGAAAAAUUGGUGAAGGCACGUUUGGCCAGGUUUUGGAAUGCUGGGAUCGAGAAACAAAGGAGAUGGUAGCUAUAAAAGUUGUGAGAAGUAUAAAGAAAUAUCGUGAAGCAGCAAUGAUUGAAAUUGAUGUACUGCAGUUGCUUCGAAAGUAUGACAGAAAUGGAAGUCGUUGUGUUCAAAUACGGAACUGGUUUGACUAUCGUAACCAUAUAUGUAUUGUAUUUGAGAUGCUUGGACCAAGCUUAUACGAUUUUCUCCGAAAAAAUAAUUAUCGCCCAUUUCCGGUUGAUCUUGUCCGCGAGCUUGGCAGGCAACUAUUGGAAUGUGUCGCAUUCAUGCAUGAUAUGCGCCUCAUCCAUACAGACUUGAAGCCUGAGAACAUACUUUUUGUUUCUCCAGAAUAUGUUAAAAUACCUGACUACAAGGUCACCUCUCGGUCCCCUAAAGAAGGAAUGUUUUAUAAGAGGUUACCAAAGUCUAGUGCCAUUAAGGUUAUUGAUUUUGGUAGCACAGCUUAUGAGCAUCAAGAACACAACUAUAUUGUCUCUACUAGGCACUACCGUGCUCCUGAGGUUAUUCUUGGACUUGGAUGGAGUUAUCCAUGUGAUAUAUGGAGUGUUGGCUGUAUCUUGGUAGAAUUAUGCUCGGGAGAAGCUUUGUUUCAGACACAUGAGAACCUUGAACACCUAGCCAUGAUGGAGAGGGUAUUAGGCCCACUACCACAAAAUAUGCUGAAAAGAGCAGAGCGCCAUGCUGAGAAGUAUGUUAAAAGGGGUAGAUUAGACUGGCCUGAAGGUGCAGCCUCUCGUGAUAGUAUUAAAGCUGUUUUGAAGCUGCCUCGUCUUCAGAAUCUAAUAAUGCAGCAUGUGGAUCACUCAGCCGGGGAUCUCAUUGACCUCUUGCAAGCUCUUCUUAGAUACGACCCUUCCAACAGGCUUACAGCUCAUGAAGCUCUCAGGCACCCCUUCUUUACCAGGGAUCAUUACAGGAGAUUUUAGCCAAGAGGUACAGCUUCUCCAUUUUGGUGAUGUUGGUAUGCAAACUUGAAGUGGUUUACUGAGUCAUGGCUUAGCAAAAAGUUGAAUGCUGGCUUAAGGUCAUGAAUGCUGUUAUUCCUCGGCCUGGUACAAUCAUUAAAGUACUGACCAGGAUUCCUCAGAUUGCUGUAAUUUCUCAUUUUCUUUUCUUGUAAAUAACUCGUCGGGAGAAGAUUCUCCUCGUUUUGUACCUUGAAAAUGUAAUUUAGGUGGCUUCUAUCGCGUACAA